AUGGAAGGCUAUGUUGAACUCAAUGGAUAUUACACCAACCUGUUGAAUGAUGGAUUAGAGGGACAUCAAGUGGAUGGAAUGAGUAACAGUCCCGAGGAAGAACUGUCACCAAAUUUGCAAGGAAACAAAGGGAGAACGAAAAAAUUUGAGAAGAAUGAGGAUGUAUUAUUGGUGGAUUCAUGGCUUAACAUUAGUAUGGACCCGGUGCAAGGCAACAAUCAGAAAAGGACCACAUACUGGAAUAGGAUUCAUGCUUACUUCCACGAGAACAAAGACUUCUCCUCUAGUCGCAAUGCGAACUCUCUAAUGCAUCGUUGGAGUGUUAUUCAAGAGCAUGUUAACAAGUUCGUAGGAUGUAUUGCCCAGCUCGAGGCUAGGAAGCAAAGUGGAACGACAAUUGAGCAAAGACUUGUGGAAGCAAAAACUUUGUUCGAGUCACAAGAAAAAAAGGAGUUUAAAUUCCUUCAUUGCUGGUCCAUAUUGCGUGAUUCUACCAGCAAGCAUGUAGAUGAUGAAGAGGCUGCAGGUAAUGAUGAUGAAGUUCCAAAGAGACCAGUGGGUAAGAAGAGGGCAAAAGAAUCACUACGUAAAGGUGGAGAUCGUGCGUACAAUGAUGCUUUAGCUUCAUUUUGGGCCAAGAAACAAGAGUAUGAAGCUGAAAAAGAGCGAAAGAAAGAGGAGAGGUAUAAAGAAGCUUUUGCACUAGAACAAGAACGAAUUGCACUGAAGAAGAAGCAGGUUGAGUUCAAUAUAACCAACAAGGAAGACAAGAUCAUGAGCAUGGAUCUUACUGCAUUGACAUACGAUCAGCAAAUUUACUUCAGUAACCGCCAGAAGGAGAUCGCUGCUCGUUCCAUGCCUCAGGUUGAGAGAUAA